UGGGUUUUAGCCUAGGAAAGCUUAUGCCUAAAUAAAUUUGUUAAUCUCUAAGGUGCCACAAGUACUCCUCGUUCUUUUUGCUGAUACAGACUAACACGGCUACCACUCCGAAAUCUUAUUUUAAAAAAGAAAGCUAAUGACUUUUUGGGUGCCCUUUUGUUAGAACCUUUCCUUUUUUCAUCAUUUCACUAGUUUUCUUACUGCUUCCAUUCAAGAAACCACAUGGCAUGUAAGUUUCUUGUAUGUGACUUUUAUAUUGCAUGGAUAUAUACUUGUUGCUGCUUUAUAUUAUACUUAUACUGCAGUGGGGCAGAAAAACAGAGAAGGAAGUGGACAGUACAAUACAUUACUUUAAUCUUUUUGAUGCCUGCUCCUUUUCUGAAUAACUACUCUUCCUGCUCUUCCCACUGCUGGAGUGAGGGAAGGCGGAAUCGGCAGUUAUAUCAGUCAUAUAGACAGUUGAUUGUCCAUAUCUUGAACCUAAGUGAGAUGGGUUUAAUCUUCUGCAGUUAGUUUCUCAUUUAUCAGGCCUCUACAAGACACAGAAAUGGAGAGUAAGAACAAAGGCCUGGUCUACACUACGAGUUUAGGUCGACUUUAGCAGCGUUAAAUCGAAUUAAGCCUGGACAAGUCCACACGACGAAGUCCUUUUUUUUUUUUUACUUAAAGGGCCCUUUAAACCGGUUUCUUUACUCCACCUCCGAGGGGAUUAGCGCUAAAAUCGGCCUUUGUGGUUCGGAUUUGGGGUAGUGUGGACGGAAUUCGAUGUUAUUGGCCUCCGGGAGCUAUCCCACAGUGCUUCAUUGUGACCGCUCUGGACAGCACUCUCAACUCAGAUGCACUGACCAGGUAGAAAGGAAAAGCCCCGCGAACUUUUGAAUUUCAUUUCCUGUUUGCCCAGCGUGGACAGCACAGGAGACCACGCAGAGCUCAUCAGCACAGGUAACCAUGAUGGAGUCCCAGGAUCGCAAAAGAGCUGGACCGAACGGGCGGUACGGGAUCUGCUUGCCAUAUGGGGAGAUGAAUCAGUGCUAGCUGAACUCCGUAGCAGUAAACAAAAUGGCAAAAUAUUAUAAAAGGUCUCAAAGGCCAUGAAGGACAGAGGCCAUAACGGACGCACAGUAGUGCCGCGUGAAAAUUAAGGAGCUAAGGCAAGCCUACCACAAAGCCAGAGAGGCAAAUGGAAGGUCCGGGGCAGAGCCACAAACAUGCCGUUUCUACAUGGAGCUGCAUGCGAUGCUAGGGGGUGCAGCCACCACUACCCCAACCGUGUGCUUUGACUCCAUCAAUGGAGAAACACGCAACAGGGAAGCAGGUUCGGAGUACAAGAAAGAUGAUGAAGACGACAAUGAAGAUAGCUCGCAGCAAGGAAGCGAAGAAACCGGUUUCCCCAACAGCCAGGAUAUGUUUAUCACCCUGGACCUGGAACCAGUAACCCCCGAACUCACCCAAGGCGUGCUCCCAGACCCUGAGGGCACACAAGGGACCUCUGCUGCAAAUGUUUCUUCUUCACAGAGGCUAGUGAAGAUUAGAAGGAGAAAACGGCGGACUCGGGAUGAUAUGUUCUCGGAGCUCCAGAUGUCCUCCCACGCUGACAGAGCACAGCAGAAUGCGUGGAAGCAGUCAAUGUCAGAGUGCAAAAAAGCACAAUAUGAACGAGAGGAGAAGUGGUGGGCUGAAUCGCGGGCUGAACAGAGCAAGUGGCGGGCUGAAGAUGAUGGGUGGAGUCAGCUUGCUGACAGAAGGCAAGAGUCGAUGCUCCGGCUGCUGGAGCAUCAAACUGAUAUGCUCCGGCUGCUGGAGCAUCAAACUGAUAUGCUCCAGCGUAUGGUUGAGCUGCAGGAAAGGCAGCAGGAGCAGAGACCGCCACUACAGCCUCUGUGUAACCAACAGCCCUCCUCCCCAAGUCCCAUUGCCUCCUCGCCCAAGAACACAGUGAGGGGGCCUCCGGUCCAGCAUGGACCCAGUCACUCCACCCCAGAUGAUUGCCUGAGCAUCGGAAGGCUGGCCUUCAAUAAGUUUUAAAGUUUUAAACUGCAGUGUGUCCUUUUCCUUCCCUCCUCCCCCACCCAUCCCGGGCUACCUUGGCAAUUAUCCCCCUAGUUGUGUGAUGAAUUAAUAAAGAAUGCAUGAAUGUGAA